ACUUCAGUCUCUCGCACCGGCAGUAGGCGGUACAGGAAAGGGCACAGAGACAAGAAAAAUGUGGAGCGAAUCCGGUCUCCUCCGAGGUCAGCGGACACCAGCGAGGAGGCACCCCGUGUGAUGCUGCUGCUGCAACACCUCUGGAGGCGAUGCGGGAAACGCGGUGCAGCAGGCACUAAAGAAUAAGCGAGGCAGUCAAGCCUAUAGGAGGAGCUGAGCAGACAGACUACUACAACAGCUGCUGAUGGGGAAGCGCUGAUUGAAGGAGAGAGAGAGAGAGGGAGAGAGAGAGCGAGCGAGCAGAAAGAAGCUAAAGAGAGGGAGGAGGGGAGAGAGAGCCGACCAGCACGGGAAUUUGGUGAUUGGACCCGCGAUCUUCCAGUUUCGCCGACAGGAGAACCCGAAGCCUCCUAUCGCUGUUUGGAAAGAAAGCAACAAAAACUAAACCUUGGUGGUCAUGGAUCCGCGUGCAGCUCUCAACAGUAAAGUGAGCCGGAUAUCCGUCACGGCAAGGCUCCUCGUUUCCCUCCUGCUUCUUUGCAGAUGUCAAAACAGUCUCUGCCAGUCAUCCUCAGAAGCUGAGAAGGAGGUGGGCACCAACGACAACAGCACAGUCUUCACCAGAAUCCUGGACGGGCUCCUGGACGGUUACGACAACAGGCUUCGGCCAGGGCUCGGAGAGAAUGUCACAGAGAUCAAGACAAACAUUUUUGUCACCAGCUUUGGCCCCGUGUCUGACACGGAGAUGGAGUACACCAUAGACGUGUUCUUCCGUCAGAGCUGGAAGGAUGAGCGCCUGUGCUUCAAAGGGCCCAUGGAGAUGCUGCCAUUAAACAACCUGCUGGCCAGCAACAUCUGGACCCCAGAUACUUUCUUUCUUAACGGCAAGAAGUCUAUAGCUCACAACAUGACCACGCCCAACAAGCUGCUGAGGCUCAAGGAUGACGGCACCUUGCUUUACACUAUGAGAUUGACCAUAUCAGCAGAAUGCCCCAUGCAGCUGGAGGAUUUUCCCAUGGAUGCCCACGCCUGCCCUCUCAAAUUUGGCAGCUAUGCCUAUCCUGUGUCAGAGGUCGUCUACACUUGGACUGAGGGAGCUAAAGAAUCUGUGGUGGUGGCAGAGGAUGGCUCCAGACUCAAUCAGUAUCAUCUUGUUGGACAAAGUGCUAACACAGAGGAUAUACACACAAGCAGGGGACAGUAUACAGUGAUGAUGGCCCAUUUCUUCCUGAAGAGGAAGAUUGGAUAUUUUGUCAUCCAGACGUAUAUGCCAUGUUUCAUGACUGUAAUCCUGUCCCAGGUGUCAUUUUGGCUGAACAGAGAGUCAGUUCCUGCCAGAACUGUUUUUGGGGUGACCACUGUGCUGACCAUGACCACCCUUAGCAUCAGUGCGAGGAACUCGCUCCCCAAAGUGGCCUAUGCUACAGCCAUGGACUGGUUCAUUGCCGUCUGCUAUGCUUUUGUCUUUUCUGCCCUCAUUGAGUUCGCAACAGUGAACUACUUCACCAAGAGGAGCUGGGCUUGGGAUGGCAAGAAAGCUAUGGAAGCACAACACCCUAAGAAACGAGACCCGAUGGUUCUGUCCAAGAAGCCCAACAACGUGUGCUCGGCAGGUGUCAACUACACCCCCAACCUCACCAAGGACACGUCCAUCUCCACCAUCUCCAACACGACGUCGGUACACCUGCGUUCUGCUGAGACCAAGACGAUGGACCCCAAGAAGACCUACAACAGCGUCAGCAAGAUCGACAAGAUGUCGCGGAUAGUGUUCCCUGUCCUCUUCGGAACCUUCAACCUCGUCUACUGGGCCACGUACCUCAACAGAGAACCGUUGUCGAAAGGAGUUGUCAUCUCAACGUAAUCGCUCUUCUUAUUGUUCCUUUCUUUUUCGAGGGCGUGGGGGGGGGGUGCAGUUUGUGUCAGGGAGAAGGUAAGGUUGAGCCUAAUUGAAGAGGGGUGAUCCAAAAUGAAAGCGGCCAUUGCUACAUCUCUGCCCCCAAACAAAACAAAUGUGAAAACAAAGAACAAAAACUAUACUCACCUAUUUAGUUCAAGCACUCUGAAUGGAUGCAAGGCUUCACAAUUCCCUUUCCUAUUUUUCAUGGCCUAAAACACUGCUUCUUAAGACUACAUUAACAGGAGAGAGGGUGCUUUGCUUCUUUCUCAUCUAUCCUGCUGCAGUUUGCAUGAUGCUCACCCCCAAAAGGGAACAUGGACUCCUCUUUGUCUUGAACACCGACCAUGUAUAUGUCAGUCAUUGCUUAAACUAUGGGAGCACACUUGGUCACUACUACCCGGAGAAUUUAACGAAGGAAUUUAACGCUUCAUGUUCUUACUGCACUGGGCUCAUAAACUCUGCAAUCUAACUCGCAUUUGAAUUUUAAAACAGGAUUUUAAAAUGUACCUAAUUCCGCGCUAUGAGAAAGACACAUCUCUCGAGACUGAUGCUGCAAGUGCAUUAAUAAUGUUGUUUUAUGUCUCCUUUUUAAAAAGAAAAAAACCUAAAAAAAAUCUUGCCAAUUCUUUUCCUCUGCCUAACGCUGAGGGUGCUUGUGUCUCUUGUUGUACAACUUUACUUGAAGAUUCAAGAACUGUUGCUGCAGGCCUGGUUUCCCAAAAGCACUGGCAGUAAGAGUCUCAAAGUAAAAUGUGAGAGUAAAAGAAGUUUUGAAUUUAGGACCAGCAAGAAUGUUUGAAAAUCUUUUUUUUUCUGGCCUACUUACACGAGGGUGACUGGACGGCUGUGGCAGAUGUGUUAGCACAAAUUAAGGAUUGGAUAUAUGUGAUUUAACAGAAUUUUGAGCCUGGGUCACUCAGCUGGGAAACCAAAAUGCACAGCUGAGAGACCAAAUGGAGAGUAAGUCACAUACAAGUCAGGACAGCGAUGUGGACAGUUUUGGGACUGUCGUUCAGAGACACCCAGACAUGCGCCCUGCUAAUGUGUCCACAGAGAAAACAGACUCAUGUACAGUUCAUAACCCUGUUUUGGUUUUUUAAAAAACUGCUGGUGAAGUUUACUAAAUGAGUACUGUGACAUUUUUGUGAUUUGUAAGGCACUGACACAGCUGCUAUGUAUUUGUAAGUGUUCCAUUUCCAGGAUUCCAAAUGUGGGGAGGAAAGUAUUUAACUUAAUCAUAUAAAUGUGGUUUUCUAAGGCUUGCGACAGGUAAUUUGCUCCACACUGUGCCGUUAUUUAACACCGAAAAGAGCAUGCCUUAUAUUGCACCUGGCUGCGAUAGUUGUCGCAAGGAGCAUUAAUUUAUGUGGAAUGCCAAGGGGAGACGUUAUCAGAAUGAGCAUGUAAUUGGUUCGGGUAUAUGGCUGUGACAAAUCUUUGGAUCUGCCCUGUCAGCUGCUCAUGCUGAACAGUUCGAGCCAAGCCCCACAUAUUUAGUGUAUUUUGAUAUAACAAAGCAGAACAUACCGCAGAGCAUCGGGGGCAAGGAGAGAAUUACAAGAUGUAUACAAGCCAUGGCUGUAUAGCUGGUAGCAAGGUUAGUUUUUUUUGCAGUGUGCACAGCUGUUUGUAGGUUUUUUCAUCAUGUUUCAUCAAAUAGGCAGCAGGUCAUAGUGAGCUCAAAAAAUAAACAAACUCAAAAAAUACACCCUGAGCUCUGUAACAUCACAAAUCGACUUCAUACAUUUUGUCUAUUUUUUAAGUUCUGUCCCAAAACUAUUUUAAGAAAAAACUGUAAUGUUUGUCAAAAUGUCACUGUAACUGUGACAAAGGUGUUGGAGGUGUUCCAGGAUUGUGCAUAAGCUGCUGCCCACAGGUGGCUGUGAGUCAGAUUCUUUCCUUUGACUUUAAUAAAUACCUGCAGACCCUUAUACAGAACAACACAUUGCACGGUCACAGUACCGGCCUGGGUUUGCAAGUCAGUUGGGAUUUGACAGUUAAUAAUGUUUUGUGUUGUGCUACACAUCCUGCACAUGGGCUGUUAAACACAUAUUUUAGGUUUGUGAGGCAGAGCUGGUUGUAGUAAAGUAAUAAAGCAGUCUUGGGCUGCGUCAGCCUUUAAGACGACAGUUUCUGACGCAAGACUAAUCAUUGACCUUUUUAGUAGAUUACCUGCAGAACUUUCCACUCCCACUGAGCUAUUCUUUUUCACAUACAAAAAGUGAAUCAAUAAUUUUCUCACUCAUGCCUCUUAAUAGCUACACUUGAGAUAGCUCAGUUCAUGCUUUGCACAAAGUCAAAGUAUUCUGGGUCAUUUAAGCAUCUUCUCAGGCUGUUGGAAAAAGUCCAGUCUACAGUGUGUUUGUGAAAGUAAAGUGCUGGGGGGGAAAAAAGAUGAUUAUCGUGUCAUGUUUCUGGAUUCCAGCAAAGCUAUACUAGAAAGAAAACCUCACGCAUAUAUCAGCAACAGGAGACAGAAAUUCAACAGCUCAGCCGCUAACAGGUGACCAAAGAUUGAUUGUACCAUGAACUGACUCAUAACAGUCCACAAAAGUGAGCAACACAGCAGAGCUCUGUCCUCUCAGAAUGACUUGCUAUUGGGUUCAAUCGAUGGGGUGAAGUUUAUCAAAACUGCACCCCGACUUGAAUUAAUUUACUUCACCUCCGCGAGCUAAUCCAAUGUCAUUGGACUGCAUUGAUUUUUUUUUCUCAGAAUGUUUCUCUGUUUUGAAAGCUUGGUUAGACGAGGCCUUCAAGCUGCAUAGAAUUUUGGGAAAUUAGGCCGAGUGUCAUGAGAGAAUCAUGUAAAUAGCCUUUUUUGUUUUCAAUGUAGCUCUUUGCUUUGACACAAAAAAGACAGAUUGUCACAUUUGUGUUCUGAAGCCCUUAGUAGAAAAAAAAAGCCUAAUGUUGACUUUCAAGUUAUAAAGGGUAUGUUAUUGUCUCCAAUAUCUUUUUCUUCUGUGUACAUGUGUGAGUUUGUUUCGUUCUUGUGGCUUGUAGAAGAGCUGAUCAAACUUGAUCUUUGGACUGAUUUGUAUUUUAUAUCUACAGUGACUUAAUUAAAGCGACGAGCACACAUUUUGGCAUUACGGCUCAAGCCUACCUGUUGCACAGCAUGUGUUGGUUUGUGGUGAGACAAACUCAGGAAUAAGAGGACCCCAUGCUCCCAACAGAAAUAUCACUUCUUCAUAUCUAUCAUAUGGAUUUUGAACACCAACCUCUCUCCCCUGCUGCUGGGAGCAUUGUCCUCAAAAACUUUAGGCCGCUAAGCAGAUAUUUAUACACUGGCUUGGUGAGAAACCAUGUAAAUAAGGGUGACAUCAGCUGCUAUCUGCUUUGCAUUGUGUACUUAAGCCCACCUUAAGUGAUUUUAUUUUGACUUAGUGUGCCAGGAUAUGCUGUGGUAUUUUCGUGCUGUUUAACUGAUGUUGAAGCUGUCAUUUAUGGAAAUCUAAGAUCCAGCUUUCUGUCAGAUCAGACAAUGUUUCAGUUUCAGUGCAAUGGCAGCCAAGUACAGGAUACAGACGAGACAUCUCCCCCCACCAAUCUGUAAUCUGUCUGUUCCUCGACUUCCUGCUUGUAUCUGACACAUUAUCAAGUAACAGUACACACUUUCUGUCUUUGUAUUUCUGAUUAGGUCUGCAGUAGUUGAGUUCUUCAACAAGUGUGUUUUUUAAACUAAACAGUUGUUUUUAUUGAGCUUUAUUUAAGCCUUGUUUUCUAACAUAUAACCAAAGGAACUAUUACUGUAAAAAGUCACUGAUAAUGUCCCUGAGAAACACGUAUAGCCUUCAUUAUUUUUUUCUGUGGACAGCAGCUUCAGUCUGACAGAAGUUCUCUGUAUGGACAAAGGUACUGGGUCUCACCUGUUAUUCUUUGAAUUCUUGUAUUUUCAGUCCCAUUGCUUUGGCUGUGUAAAAUCUAAAGAAUCUAGGCCUGUACUCUUUUGUGCUUUUAUUUGGGAAAGAAUGGGUCUUUCUAAAGAGGUCACUAAUUUAAAAGUGCUACUGUAAUAGAGUGAGGCAUUGCAACAAGUCACUUCGUCUAAUUUUGUACCUUUCAGAAAUUCCACAGUCAGCUGUAAGUGGCAUUUUUGCAAAAGUGGAAGUUUUUAGGGACCACAGCAACUCAGACACCAACUGGCAGACCACGUAAAGUUAGAGAGUGAGGUUGCCAAGAGCUGAGGCAUAUAGUGCACAAGUGUAAUCAACACUGUGCUGAAGUGCAGAGUUCCAAACCUCCUCCAACAUUACCAUCAGCACAAAAAACUGUAUAGCAGGAGCUUCAUGCAACGGGCUUCCAUGCAGCGCAGCUCCUGUAGGUAGCCCAGUACGUUUGUGCCAAUAGUGUAUCUCUACAACUAUUAGCUUGUCCAUAAAUUUGGCUAAUAUGGUAAUAUUCAUGGAAAAUUUACAAUAACUUUGGUGAUCCUCUGACUUUUUCUAGUGCCAUCAUCAGAUCAAAAUUACUGUGGCUGGUGGGUAAUAUAUGCAAAAUUAAUUCAUCUUAGUUUAGUUAGUUUAAUUCAGAAUCAGUCAAUUAAAAAUAAAAAAAUAAUCCUCUAGUCUAUAAAACUAAAAAAUAACAUGAAAGUCCAAAAAUUUUCAAAAAAAUUUAUUUUGACUGUUAACAGGCUAAACGAAUACAGCUUAUAUGAUGUUAUACCAGCUUAUAAACAUCUGUACCUGCUGCUAAACACCAGCAUGUUAGCGUCAUCGUUGUUAGCAUGUGGAUAUUAGCAUUUAGCUGCAUGUAGAAUAAUAGUAGGCAGACAGAUGGAUGAACACUUGAAUUCAAUACGUUAUAAAUCCCCUGAUGUUAAUUCUCGGUAAUUUAAUAAAUAUUUCUGACUGAUAACGAGCUAAAAUAACAUAUAGGUAAAGUGGCAUUUGUUAUACUCAGCAUGUGUUAUCUUUGAUAAUAUUUGUCGACUUUUUAUUCAUUUCUACUAUUAGUAGCAUGCUGGCAUUAGCAUUUUACUGCAUGUAAAACAGUGAUAGGCAAAUAGCAAACACUGACCUUCUAAUAAAUGAAUGAAUUGAAGAAUGAAUGAAUAAAUCUAUGUAUAAGCAUAUUAUACCAUAUUAUUAAUCCUCUGAAUAAAACAAUGCUAAUAUCAUAAUGGGUUUUGAAUGCUAGCCAGCUAAAUUAAUACAACUAACAUGAUUUACCUGCCUAUUAAUAUUACACUUGUUAGCAUCAACCUUUUAGCUCUGUCGGUGUUAGCAUACUGUGCUUGAUAGCUACAUAUUAGCUACAUAUAGAACGUUGACAAUAUUUGGCAAACAGACAAAUAUAGGAUUGUAUUUUUUCUGCUGUAGAAAACUCAAUCAUAUUAACUAUAGGACAUCAUAUAUUUAGUACUACCCACAUUGUAAUUCUGUCUUUUCCAAAAAUUCGGCAAAGCUAAUAUUAUGUUUAUAUGCUAGAGGCUGAAAGAAGACAAGUAACUCACGUAUAUCAGCUCAUUCACAAGAGCUGUCAGGUCAGAGGAUCCCCAUAGUGCUGAAACCUGGUAGACUUCCUAAUGUCUGUGCACAUCUUUCUUGACGUAAACCAGUGCACCCACCCAUUUAACUAUCUCUUUCUAGCCAAGAAACAACCCCUCCCUCCUUCCUUCAGCCACUGUGACAGACUCAUCUGCCAUACAUCUGUUAGAAUAAGGGAUUUAGUUCUGCUUAAGUUGCUUUCACCCAUUCAGGGAAGCCCCUUACAGCAAAGCGCUUCUGUCCAAUUUAAGCCCUGACUGGCCCAGCCCUGAUGACAAACACUUGUUUUUCUCAGUGUGUUGUCUGGACAGCUGUGGCUGGUGCAUGUUAGGAACAAACUUAGGGUUGAUUAUAUGUCCUUUAUCCCAAGCUAGCUCAUGGGCAGUGAAGCUGACUGACGCUUUGAACUCUUGGCUGGGGAAUUUAUUGCACAUCCAGCAGCUGGCUUAAAGGACACUUGCGGAGCUACGAUAGCAACAGUUGCCUGUUCCAGUAAAGCUAAAGGUGGCCAAUAAAAUGCAUAAAGUUGCUCAUGUUUUUUUUUUCAAAAACUUUUUACAAGAAUAUUUACGAAGAACCCAUCAAACAGACUUUUGCUUAAUUUUGCAAAGAUGCAGCAAAGCCAUUGUAGCUGGGCUUAAUAACGUAUUUGUGUCACUCAUUCUUUGUUUUAUGUACUGUAUUUGUUUUGUGUAUUAUACUGAUAAUGAUCAAAUAAAAAGGAUUAGCAAAGAUGCUAUAUAAUACAUUGCAAACACUGCUGUAGCUCAAAUGUUGCUUUGUUGAAUCCUGAUUAAAGCUGCACAUAUAAAAGGAAA